AAGGUGUUAAGGAAGCACGAGCUGAUAAAGUAGACAACUCCCAUUCCCGCGAUUAAAUUUUCUGCCCGUACCAAGUUGUCAUAAUUUUCUUCUGGCUUAGCAGGACCUGGAUGAAUCGUCCAAAGAUGGUGCCGAACUGGUGUAUAGUUGCAUUCAUCACUGCACUUACACUUGGACAUGCAUCUGCAAAUGGGUUUGAAAAUGAGCUGAAACACCUGAAACCUCAGGCCAGUGCUUCAACGCAAACGUCUGCAGCGCAGGAAGUUAUUAAGAGACUUCUUCCAACAAGAUACCAGAAUUUCAAAGUUGUUGUUAACCCAGCUCCCAGUGGUGAUAACCUCGAUACUUUUGAGAUUUCUGCAGAUGGGACCACUGUUAACGUGACUGGUACUACCGGAGUAGCUGCAGUAUGGGGUGUCCAGCAUUACCUGGUACAUUACUGUAACUGCCACAUCUCGUGGAAUGGGGACCAACUUUACCUACCUCCAGAUGGGCAAUGGCCUGUGAUACAUCCCCCGCUAAAGGUUACCAGUCCAAAUAGAUUUCGCUUCUAUCAGAAUGUCUGCACUGCCAGCUACACGUUUGCUUGGUGGGAUUGGGAGCGUUGGGAGAGGCACAUUGACUGGAUGGCCCUGAGUGGCAUCAACCUUCCACUAGCGUUCAACGGUCAGGAGGCUAUCUGGCAGAAGGUCUACCUAAAGAUGGGCUUGGAACAGGAGGACCUGGACAAACACUUUGGUGGACCAGCAUUCCUGGCAUGGGCUCGCAUGGGUAACAUUGAUGGGUGGGGCGGACCCCUACCCCAAUCUUGGCACACCAAUCAGCUGGCUCUCCAACACCAGAUACUGAAGAGGAUGAGGGACUUGGGAAUGAUACCUGUACUACCUGCCUUUGCUGGACAUGUCCCAAAAUCUUUUUCAAAAGUUUUCCCAAAUGCAUCUAUUUCAAAUCUUGGUGAUUGGGGACGUUUUGGUCCGGAAUACUGCUGCACAUCUUUACUGGAUCCCCAGGACCCAAUGUUCAAGCAAGUCGGAAAGGCAUUUAUUGAUGCUAUGUCUGAGGAGUUUAAUGGUACCGAUCAUAUAUACAGCGCAGACACCUUCAAUGAGAACAAACCCAAAUCAAGAGACUCUGCUUACCUCUCAGCUGCCAGCAAGGGGGUUUAUCAGGGUAUCAUCGAGGGGGAUCCGAAAGGGGUGUGGCUCAUGAUGGGGUGGCUAUUUCAGGACACAGGAUUCUGGGGCCCCACCCAAAUCAAGGCUCUCCUGCAAGGUGUUCCGAUUGGUCGUAUGAUAGUCCUGGAUCUCUAUGCAGAGGCUCGUCCCUUCUACAAGACCACAUACUCUUUCUACGGCCAGCCUUUCAUAUGGUGCAUGCUCCACAACUUUGGAGGAAACACUGGGCUCUAUGGCAAGCUGGAUGCUGUUAACCAGGGCCCGUUUGAAGCCAGAAAUUAUGACAACAGCACUAUGAUUGGCAUGGGAACGACACCAGAGGGCAUUUUUCAAAAUUACGUCAUGUACAACUUCCUGACUGACAUGACCUGGAGGUCGGGUAGCACCAACGUCUCGAAAUGGAUUGAGCAGUAUGCUGGCAGACGUUAUUCCAAUGACCCGAACAAGAGUGAGGAAGCUACCGAGGCCUGGGUUAUCCUUAAAGAAACCGUUUACAACAACACGGGUACUUUACAAGAUCAUCAGUAUGCAGUGCCUGUCAGGAGACCUUCAAAUAUCAUGACAUCACCGGUUUGGUAUGAUUACACCAAGGUUGCCAAGGCAUGGGAAUUUCUUCUCGAAGCAUCGACUAAAUUAGGAACAAGUCCUGUGUUCAGAUAUGAUUUAGUGGACGUGACAAGAAAUGUUCUACAAGACCUGGCUUUUGACUUCCAGCAGAAGCUUAUGGUGUCCUUCCGUAUCCGGAAUGCUGGAGCUGUCGGAGGUAAUGGCACUUUACUAUGCAACCUGAUUCUUGAUAUGGAUAACAUCACUUCCUCUCAUGAGGACUGGUUGCUAGGUACAUGGCUGGAAGAUGCUAAGUCCUUAGCAACUAAUAAUGACGAAGAAUCAUUGUAUGAAUACAAUGCGAAAAAUCAAAUCACCAUCUGGGGGCCUAAAGAAGAAAUUCUAGACUAUGCAAAUAAGCAAUGGGGAGGACUACUUCGGACGUAUUAUCAUCGUCGCUGGCAACUCUAUGUGCAGUACCUUGAGGAAUGCAUACAAAGUCAUCAGCCUUAUGACCAAAACACGUUUAACGUGAGAUCUUUUGUUGCGGAGAGCGAGUGGACCCACAGCAAAGAGAAAUUUCCAACCGAACCCGUUGGGGAUACGAUGGCGAUAUCCAAAGCCCUCUACGUCAAGUAUGAGCCCUUCAUUAAGGAGGCUCGAACAUUUGGUAGGGCUGAGAAGAGGAUGAAGAAUGGAAGGAAGCAUAGUGCCACCCAAGAGAGGUUACCUUACUCUUACAUGUACCACGGAGGCAGAGAGAGGCAGUAGGGAUUUUAAAGGGAAUUCCGACCCCAAUAGGAAACUACUCU